AUGUUCGCUGUUCCAGGAUGGUCGCUUUCGAGCGGUCCCACACGUGAGGCCGAAGUCGUCAAGCCUUCGAACGAUUCCAAGUCCAAAGAGUCCUCAACCCCCAAUGCGAAAAACGAUGGAAACAAUAAGCGCAAGCGUGGAAAUGACGGCAAUGUCACCAGAAGCAAUGUCGAUGAGAUGUACCGCAAACAUAUCGAGGGAUAUACCCCGAAACCCCCCAAGCGAGAGAGGAAGAAGAAGCAGAAGAAGGAACAGGAGGCCACCGAGGUCACCGAGGGCACCGAGCAGACUGAGCAGACCGAACCCGAUGUGAAGAAUGAUACCGAAGAGAAGACUUCUGCCUCAGCACCCUUAGAGGACGAAAACAAGCCCCAGAAGAAGCAGAAGAAGAACAAGAAGAACAAGGAUCAGAAGGCUGACGCCGCCGCUGCACCUGCUGCGGAGACAAGUGCUGCUGCAGACGCCGUGGUUGCACCCCCAACAACAACUGCAACCCUGACCCCACUCCAGCAGGCAAUGCGCCAGAAACUGGUCUCCUCUCGUUUCCGCCACUUGAACGAAACCCUGUACACCACCGACUCCUCCAAAGCCGUUGAACUCUUCAAUGCCAACCCGGAACUUUUCAGUGAAUACCACGCUGGUUUCUCCCGUCAAGUGAAGGAAUCCUGGCCUUCUAACCCUGUGGAUGGCUACAUUCAGUUUGUUCGCCGCCGUGGCGCUGUCCCCGUUCCCAAGAGAGGAAACAAGCUGAACCCCAACAAGCCGAUGCCUCUUCCUCGCAGACCCAACGGAUUAUGCACCAUUGCUGAUCUGGGCUGUGGUGAUGCUGGACUUGCGCGCGCUUUGACUCCUUCUUCCAAGAAGCUGAACAUCAAGCUGAAGAGUUACGAUCUUCAGGCACCGGAUGCUCUCAUCACAAAGGCCGAUAUCUCCAACUUGCCCCUUGAGGAUGGAUCCGUUGAUGUGACAGUUUUCUGUCUGAGUCUGAUGGGAACCAACUGGGUGUCCUUCGUGGAGGAGGCCUGGCGCGUGCUGCGCGGCGAUGGCAAGGGUGAAUGCUGGGUCAGUGAAGUGAAGAGCCGAUUUGGCAAAGUGAACCGCAAGAAGUCGCAGAUCGGAGCUCAGAAGCCCCUUAGCAAGACCCAGCAGAAGAAGCUACCUAAGAAGAAGGGUGGAGAUGAUGAGGAUGACGCUGAUGACGCUGACAUCUUCGCCGAGGAUGCUCGUCCUGUUGAUAACAGUGAUGACACCGAUAUCUCGGCAUUCGUGGAGGUCUUCAGGUCUCGCGGAUUCGUCCUGAAGCAAGAGUCAGUCGACAAGUCCAACAAGAUGUUUGUGAAGAUGGAGUUUGUGAAGGCGGGUGGUGCCCCGACUAAGGGUAAGCACGUCUCGUCUGGUGCUCCUCCUGCUCCUGUUGCUGGCAAGAAGCGGUUUGUCGACCGCAAGCCAGAGCCCAACAAUAUCAUGACACCGGAGCAGGAAGCUCAGGUGCUCAAGCCUUGCGUGUACAAGAUUCGGUAG